AUGGAAACAACCCUCGUGCCUGAUGGUGAUGAAACCAGCGUCGGCCCUUCACCACUCCCCAGCUCGCAGACAAACACCGCGCGCGAGGAUGGAAUGACCCCUCUGAACAUCGCCUGCGCAAAAGGCAACUUCGACGCGGCCAAGCUGCUGCUCGGGAGCGGCGCAGACCUCGACAGCCCCGACCAAAGUGGCUGGACACCUUUGAACCACGCUGCGUUCUGGGGCCAUGUUGACGUCGUCCGGCUGCUCCUCGAACAAGGUGCCAACACGAAACUCCGCAACAAGAAUGGGGGCACACCGCUGAACUCUGCGGCGAAAAAGGGCCAUGCAAGUAUCGUUAGACUGCUCUGCCAGUAUGGUUCGGAAGUGGACGAUCAAAAUAAUAGCGGAUUUUCUCCCCUCCACUCCGCUGCCAAUGAAGGGCACUCAGAGGCCGUGGUAGCCCUUCUUGAGUGCAAAGCCCAGAUUGACCUACCGAACUCGAAUGGCUGGACUGCACUUAAUUCUGCCUCCUCGAAAGGAGAGCUCAAAACAGUCCAAGCUCUGCUGAACUGUCACGCUCAACUCAAUAGACAAAAUCAAGGCGGAUUCACGCCUCUUAACACAGCGGCAGACAAGGGGCACACCGAUGUGGUCAUGUAUCUUAUGAGCAGUGGACCAGAUGUAAAUAUGAGAAACAAUUCUGGAUGGACACCCCUGAAUUCUGCUGCAUCUAAGGGGUAUACAGACACUGUCAAAUGUCUGUUAAGCCAUGGAGCCAAAGUUGAUCUUCCGAAUAACGACGGAUGGACACCUCUAUUAUCCGCGGCCCACAAAGGACAUGCCGAGGUGGUCGCAGUUCUUCUUGAUCAUCAAGCAGAUACCUCCGUCACCAGUGUACACGGGCAGACUGCGUUGGACCGAGCGUCCCGAGAGGGCCAUAUUGAUGCUGUCAAGACACUUAUCGAUCACGACCAAGUCAACAAGAGGCUCGACCUCAAACGAAAGAACAAGAGCGGAUUCACGCCACUCAACUCUGCUGCUCAAUCAGGGUCGAUAGAAACUGUCAAGCUAUUAUAUUCACUAGAUGGAAGCGUUUUGGAGACUCCCAAUAACAAUGGCUAUACUCCGUUGAAUAGUGCGGUGGAUAUGAACCUCCCUGUAGUGGUCAAGGUCCUGCUCGAUCAAGGGGCAGACAUGGCCACCAAGAACAAGAAGAAAGAAACACCACUUGUUGUUGCGACAAGAAGAGGGUUUACGGAAGUUGUCAAGGUUCUUCUUGAUCAAGAGAGACUCAAUGCCCUGGAAUCAGGUAAAAGGUUAAAGGCUGAAACUACGGGAGAUCAACCUGCUCGAGGCUCUGAUUCAAGUAGAACCAGCAGUUUCAGGAGAUUCUUCAAAAAGACUAGUUAA